AUGCCCCGCCGCAGACGUCCCCCUCGCCCCGGCGCCCUCGCAGACCUCGCUCCCCUCCGCAUCCUGACCCAGAUCGCGCUCCUCCAAGUCCUCUACUAUGCGUGCGCAGCCGUACUCAUCCUCUUCACGGCGCUCGUCGCUGGGAAGGAGCUCAGUCUGGACCUCCUCCUCAGCUGGCGCAGCCUGCGCGGCGACAUCACCGUCGGCUGGAUGUUGGGGCUGGUCUGGAUGCUGAAUAGUUUGAUAUGUGUUGUGUUUCUCCUCCUCUUCAUCGCCCGCUCCAAACUCAUCCCGGAUUUCGCGUGCACGAUCCACUUCCUCCAUCUUGUGGUUACUUCGUUCUACUCGCACUCGAUACCGACGAAUCUGUUCUGGUGGGCGCUCCAGAUCGCGAGCGCGAGCCUCAUGACGUUCCUGGGCAUUUGGGCGUGCCAGUGGAGGGAGCUGAAGCCGAUCAAUUUCGGCGGCGGCGGCGGCCCGAAUCGAGCGGCACGGGCAAAUGCUGUGGCAGCAGGCGCUCAAGAAGAUGAGGGUAUUGGGUUUGGUCGCGGUCGUGGGAGGGGAAGGGGAAGAGAUGGGGGCGGGGAGUAUGAGAUGGUUGGGAUGAAAGAAGGCGAUGCGAAUGUGUAA